AUGGCCGCCCGUCUCUCCAUCGCCCUCGCCGCCCGUCGAAUCUCUUCCGUGGCUGCAAAGAGGCCCUCGCUAAUUGUGUGUCAGAAGUGGCAGCAGGUUGCUCCAAAGCAACGGCUAUUCUCGGUAUCUGCCGCACUCAAGGAGAAGAGGUAUACUGAGGACCAUGAGUGGAUUGAGCUGUCCGCUGAUGGCAAGACAUGCACUCUGGGCAUCUCAGAAUACGCAGCCAAAGCCCUCGGCGACGUUGUCUACAUUGAGCUUCCACAGGUCGACAUGGAAGUGGCCGAGGGCGACGUCAUCGGCGCUGUUGAGUCUGUAAAGUCGGCUUCGGACAUUCUCACUCCCAUCGCUGGUGUUGUUUCUGAAGUUAACGAGGCAUUGGAGUCCGCGCCAGGCAGUGUCAACAAGGACCCCGAGGGCGAUGCCUGGGUCGCAAAGAUCGCUGUGUCAGCGGAGCCCAAGGGCAAGGCUAUGAGCAAGGAAGAGUAUGCCGCCUUUACUGAAGAGUAA